AUGACGGACCCGAUGAGAAACUUCAGCCUGCGCAACGUUAACACAAGUAAACCGCAACUUGCUCGGACAGAGUCUCAACAAUCUGCGGCUGCAUCAGACGACUACUAUUCAUUCUCAGAUCAAGAUCUCUCUAGUACUGAGAGUCUAGCAACUGUCAUGCGAUUCAGGACUCCAGACUCACACGCACCAUCCCCCGCCAUGUCGCAAACACGGCUUGCCCAAGAAGAUCUCGAGUCCCAACGCCCACCAACAUCCAGCACAGUCCGGUUCGCAGGAGACAGACCGGCUACCAUCAGUCCUGUAUCCGAUGCGUCAAGAUCAGACGGGACCUCUCGUCGAUCUCCCAGUGAUUACCCGGGACCGGCCCCGACUCCAGGCCUGGAUGACUCCCCAUACGUCCGGUUUGCAAUCGACCAGAUCACCCAGGACAGAGCUGGGGGGAUCCAAAGAAACGACUCAAUUUCUACCACGACGACAGGUGACUAUCCAUCCGAUCGGCUAGUAUGGGAUGAGGGACUUGGUUAUUUUACCCGCACACGCACACCCAUCCGACAUGACACGCCGCCAGCGAGACCCUCGUAUACAUCUCCUUCGCCACAGGCUUUACCGCAACGGCCAAUGUCAGUGGAUCCCGAGUCAUUUAUGGCCGUUGAUGCGCCGGGGCAAAACUUGUUAUAUCCUCCCUUGGACUAUUUGCCUCUUGUCCUGCGUCCCUGGGCUUUGGCGCUCAUGAUAUUUUGCUGUCUGCUCAUGACGGCUGGUAUAAUCUUCUGCAAUGUUUGGUCCCGUGGCGAGGAGGGAUUAUGGGACUAUGCGCGUCAAGGUGGCUCGCGAUAUUUUGUGCUUCAGUUCCUACCACAGAUUGCUGCUGCACCGAUCAUCAUCUGGUCAUUCGUCAUUCAGGCUGCAGUAUAUCGCAUAGCACCCUUUUCUAUGAUGUCAGCUGAGCGACAGCAAGGUCUGGUGAUGCAUCGUCUGCCCAUACUUUCAAAAAGCUUCAUCUUCCCCGACUUCUCCCAUUUCAGACACGGUGAAUCCUUGUUUGGAAUCUCUCUAUUUACAAUUUGGCUUUCGAACUUUUUCGCCAUCCCUCUCCUCAGUUGUCUCUUCCAGGCAAAGUACUAUAUCAUCGACGGACAAGGUGUCUGGAGAUGGGCUUCGGUUCAAUCUGUGGGCUGGACAUUGGUUGGACUAUAUGGUGUUUUGACACUGGGCAUAAUCAUGCUUUUUGUCCGUUUCAUUAGUGGCUGGUCUGGCUUGAUGUGGGAUCCCACCAGCCUGGCAGAUUUUAUUUCUAUCAUUCAGCGGUCAAACAUCCUGCACGACUUUGAGCACUCCGAGACAGUCCCCUCAGUGCGAGAAUCGCUUGAUCCCCGCAUCCUUCGGCUGGGCUACUGGAAACUCUCAAGCAAAACCGAGAUCUUCUACGGAAUCGGCGAAGUAGAUGCUCCUGUACGCACCCCAUCUCUCCAUCAAGCUGGCAAAAGCCGAGAUAACCAGCCACAUGGACUUGCCAAGGUUUGCCAUGAUCUUGAGCAUAACGGUGCAUUCGCCAAUGACUCACAAGAUAACCACCUUUACUCACAAUCUGCCCGUUACCGCUGGACACCUUGGUUCCUGCGCAAAAUUUCAGUGUUUAUUUGGAUUGCCAUUGUUUUCGCCCUCUUCAUCGCUUUCGUCGCCGUUAGCUUCAUCAACGACGCCAUCGAGGGCGGCUUCCCUCCCAAGCUCCCAACACUCCCAUCGACAAGUGCAUUCUCCUCCUCCAAUUUCCUAUACAGUUUCCUUCCCGCCCUGAUCGGCAACGUCCUCUUCCUCGCCUGGCAACCCGUCGACGUAUACUUCCGAGCUCUCCAACCAUACGCCGAGCUCUCAUCCCCCAGCGGCGCAUCUGCCGAAAGGAGCAUUCUACUCUCCUACCCGUCUGCCUACCCAGUCCAAGUCACUAUCCAGGCUAUCAUCAAUCGCCACUUCAAAGUUGCAUGGAUCUCUCUCAUGAGCCUGCUAUCCCUCGCCAUCCCCAUUCUCGCCGGGGGCGUCUUCAUCGCCCUCUGGUACCCCUCUCACGACGACAUCCGCAUCUCUGCCUUUUUGCCCGCAUUCUACGCUUUGAUUGGCGUCUGUGGCCUAUAUGCCGUGUCUUUAGUGGCAAUCUGGCCGGGUAGUCGUCGCUAUCUCCCACACGACAUCUCCACUUUGGCUGAUCUGAUGAGCUAUCUCUACCAGUCGCCUCUUCUGUCUGAUAAGAUCCUGCGCGAGCCAAGGAGCAAGACUGACCUCGUCACUCGUCUUAUCAUUGCACCGCCCUCUGAGCGUGAGAUGCCUUCGUACGGCUUUGGCAUCUAUGUCGGUCGUGACGGUAAAGAGCAUCUUGGUAUCGAUCGCUUCCAUCGGCCUGGUCGUUCUGAUAUGCUUAUUACAACGGCCACUAUGAAAUAA